UAUUUUUAUGUAUAGCAGAAGCAAAACCACCUCGGGUUCAGAAAAGUUGUUCUUUUAAAAGGGAAAAAUCUAAUGGAGAUAAAGUGGAGAAAAUAAAUUGAAAAUAAAAUAAAAACAAAAAUCCAGGCAGGAGAGGUUGAGCAGAGGAGGAGGUGCAGAUAAUUCAAUAUAAAAAGGUUGUUCUUCACUCACUCUCACUCACUGCCAGUCUAUAUCACCAUAUGCCAGUUUGGAAAUAUUUCUUUUCUUUUCUUUUAUUUUAUUUUAUCUAAUUUAUUCCAUUAAUGCUGCCAAGAACAACACCUCUGGCAGCAUCUGUGAGUCGCCUAUGUUAAAGCUCUCACUAAUAAUUCAGCUUUUUUCUCCAACUCUGCAUCUUCUUCCUCCAAUUUGGGCUUUGCCCAUUUGCUAAUUCGUGAAAAUCGAUCAGUUUUCAACGAUCAUGCAAGACCCUAUUGGAAUUCCAGCUUGCUUCUCCGCCGGCGACAAACUAUCCGACGACCAGACGGGUGUGACAAGGUCAGGGCAGAGUCUUUUCAUGUCGGUAUACAGAACAAAGAUCGCCGAUCAAUGCCGCUCAAUCACCAUUACUUGGUGCAAAAAUCUGUUGCUCCAUGGGCUGGCGGUUUCGGUGGAGAGCCCGAACAGAGAAAGCCCGCACACCUGCAAAGUCGAGCUGAAGCCAUGGUACUUCUGGAGAAAACAGGGCUCCAAGCGCUUUGUUUUGGAAGGUAAAGCUGUUGAUAUCUUCUGGGAUCUCAAGGCUGCAAAGUUCAAUGGCGAAACAGAGCCGAGCUCAGAGUAUUAUGUUGCAGUUGUCUGCGAUGAAGAAGUUGUGCUUCUGCUUGGGGAUCUGAAGAAAGAUGCAUAUAAAAAGACUGGCUGCAGGCCGGCGCUUAUCGAUCCCAUAUUGGUUUCAAAAAAGGAGCACAUAUUUGGUAAGAAGAAGUUUUGUACAAGAGUCAAAUUCCACGAGAAGGGUAGUUUCCAUGAAGUCUCAAUUGAGUGCAGGAACAAAAGCAGAGGUAAUAGUUUGAACGGGGUUGAGCCAGAGAUGGAGAUUAGAGUCGAUGGGCUUUUGGUGAUUCAUGUGAAGCAUCUUCAGUGGAAAUUCAGAGGUAAUGAGUCAAUACAUGUGAAUAGAAUGAGAGUAGAGGUGUAUUGGGAUGUCCAUGACUGGCUCUUUAGCCCUGGUCUAAGGCAUGCCUUGUUUAUUUUCAAGCCAAUUCUGUCAUCAAUAUCUCUGUCAUCGCUAUCAUCAUCAUCAUCACCAUUGUCAUCUCAGACAGAGAGUUGUGUGUCAUUUGAAGGGUUUAAUGCAAGUGGGUCAUCAGAAUUUUCCUUGUUUCUUUAUGCCUGGAAGGUUGAAUGAUCAUCAUUCAUCAGUCAUCAAUCAUCACCGAAUAUGAUCAUAUCUCAGUAGCCCCAUUGGUUGUAUCAUGAAAGGCAGAAGAAUAAGGUUGGAAAAGUAAAAGGGUACUCUUCAUGGAUAAUUGGAUUGAGAUGAGAAAGGGGAGUGGGGCCGAAGAAGUAAGCUAGCUACAGCUGGGGAUGAACAAGUGGACAAGAGACAGAUUGUAUUGCAUACAUGCAUGCCCAAUAAUUCCCCAUCUAGAGGCAUCUCUCUCUCUCUCUCUCUCUCUCUCUCUCUCUCUCUCUAUUUUUAUACAACUUCUCUUUCAUCUUUUCUGAUCUAAUCUUGAUAAACGAGCAAUGUUUCUAUCAA